AUGUAUGCACCCUUCACAGAGCUGGUGUCUGUGGAGCUGGAGGGUGAGGGCCGCCCGCGCCGCCUGUCUGUGGUCAUCCGCCGCGUGGACAUCAUCCCCAUCGCCUCCCUGCAGUCCUUCAUGAAGGGUCAGGAUGAGGAGCUGGCGUACCACGCCAUCCAGGCGCUGGAUGUGGUGCUGAAGCACCGCGCCUCCUACAACAGGGACUGCCUGCCCGUGGGCCGCGCUUUCUUCUUCCACGACGAUCAAGUGCGCUCCAUCGGCGGCGGCGCGGAGGUGUGGCUGGGCUACCAGCAGAGCCUGCGCCCCUGCCAGACCGGGCUGGCGCUCAACAUCGACAUGGCUGCCACCGCCAUGCUUGAGGCCUCGGAGCUCACAGACUACAUGUACGAGAAGAUUGGGGAUGUGCAGGGGCGGGGGCCCACCCCCGUGCAGACCCGCAUCCUGACCCGCGCCCUCAAGGGAGUCAAGGUCAAGGCCAAGCACAACCAGUUCAAGAAAGCCAUCCGCUCCGUGUGCCGCGGCUCGCCCUUUGAGGAGAAGUUCAUGAAUGAGGCGGCGGGCAAGGAGAUGACGGUGGCAGAGUACUUCCUGCUGCAGUACAACAUCAAGCUGACCAACAGGCAGCUGCCAUGCAUCGCGGUGGGCAAUGGCAAGGUCAUCCUGCCGCCCGAGCUCUGCACCAUCGCGCCCGGCCAGCGCCGCUCCAAGCUGACAGAGCUUCAGACGGCAGAGAUGAUCAAGACGGCGGCGCAGAGGCCAGAUGAUAAGGCACGCUGGAUCGACCGAGUGGUUGACCAAAAGGGCUUUGGCCUGCGCGUGGAUGGGCGCCAGAUGGAGGUGCAGGCGCGCGUGCUCCAGAACCCCCGCCUCAGCUACGGCUCACCCGCCAACUACGACCCCAAGGCAAGCCUGCCGUUUGCGGCAGCGGGCAGAGGCUUUGGCUCCUGGAACCUGCGCGACGUCAAGUUCCUCACCGGCAGCCAGCUCGGCUCCUGGGGCAUCGCCUGCUUCGCCAACCCGCGCUUCGCCGAGGCAGACCUGACCCGCACCCAGGCGGAGCGAGGCGGGCCAAGCUUCAUCAAGGCACGCCUGCCAGGCCCGCGCAGCGCUGAAUUCAUUGACAUGCUGAAUGCCUGCGGCGUGCUGACCCCCACCAACCCGCUGCCCCCCUGCAUCAUGGCCCCCCGCAACGCAUCCCCCGCGGAGACCAUGCGGCGCACCGCCGAGGCCGCACGCCAGACCUUCAACCGACCCUGCCAGCUCGUGCUGGUGGUGCUGCCCGACACAGGCCAGCAGCUGUACAAGGAGGUGAAGCAGGCAGGGGACUCGAUGCUGGGCAUCCCCUCCCAGUGCGUGGUGUCCAAGAAGGCAGGCAUCGGCUUCCCCGCCCGCGGCCGCCCCCAGUACUGCGCCAACGUGGCGAUGAAGAUGAAUGCCAAGCUGGAUGGGUGCAACGUGAAGCUGGCGGAGCCGAUGGCCACCCUGGCGCCGCCCUUUGGGCCCAGGCCCUUCAUGGUGUUGGGGGCGGAUGUCACCCACCCCAUGGGCGGAGAGGACAUGCCCUCCAUCGCGGCGGUGGUGGGCAGCAUGGAUGCCUCGGCCACGCGCUACGCGGCGCGGGUGUCGAUGCAGACGGGGCGCCAGGAGAUCAUUGUGGACCUGAAGAGCAUGGUGGGGGGGUGGGGGCCAGGGGUGUUGGCUGGCUGGGGUGGGUGA